AUGGACGAACGACGACGCGGAGGAGGAGGAGGAAGCCACGCCAUCGCCGGCAUGGCGAACGUCGGCAGUCUCGGGAACGUCGCCAAGGUCUUGCUGCUGCUCCUGAACAUGGCGUUCAUGGUCGCCGGUUGUCUCCUCGUGUACUUCAGCCAUCGCGUGACGACUUCUGGUUGGCUGGACGCGUUCAGGGGCGACUACGCGUGGAUCGGCACGUCCACGCUCGUGUUCAUGCUCGUGCUCGGUGCGGUGGUCAUUGCGCUCUCUUCGCUCGGGUGUUUCGGGGCUUUGCUGCAGCAGAAGCUCUUGCUCACGAUCUACGCGCUCGUGCUCGUGCUCACGCUCGUGCUCGUUGGGGUCGUGGCCGUGGGCGGGUUUCUCGCCAACUCGAAAGCGGCGGACUGGAAGGCUCGGGCGUACCCGGUCCCCCAAGAAGCGUCUCUCGGAGCCAAUUUUAACCGACUGUACUGCUCGGCCCAGGUCCCGCACUACUGCCAAGACGCGGCCGUGCAUACGGUGCUCGAGAUGUUCAACGUGUCGCUCACGGACCACUUUCUCGACUCGACGACCAACUUUACCAACGUCUGCUCCGCCGUGACGCUCGCGGCAAUCAGCGACGUCUGUGACGUGUGUCACUUGGCUGCACAGUACAGGAAGUACGCGAUGGUGCGGGACUGGUCCGAGACAUCGUGUCCUCGAACAAGCACGAACCAGGCCUGGUGUGGCGGCUUCCUGCUUAGUGCUACUGCCGCCGAUGAUAUGGUGGCCAAUGCGCCGUUCAUGGAGUGCCGCAGCGCCUUUUAUGAGCUCGUGGCGAAAUGGACUCACGUUGUGCUGGUUGCGAGCAUCAUUUGCAUCAUUGCAGCCAUGGCUGUGCUUGCAAUGACGGGGGUGCUCUGGCGGAAUGUGCACGUUGCUCGACGGGAGAAGGCGAGGCGGCCAGCGCCACCAGCAGCUACAAUGUAUCACUAUGGGGAUCCGAACGUGGGCUAUUCCCAACGCAGCGAUGCAACGAACAACGGUGCAUUUAGCAUGUACUCUACAGCACCUCGGAGCUUGAAUGCUGCAGCGCAUCGUCGAUACGAUAGCCCGUUUUAG